UUGUGGAAACUGCACCCGGCUGCAGGUUGUUGAAACUGAUGGGACGAAAUCGGGGACCAGCGGUUACGCAAGAAAUGUUUAAAUGUUCAGUAAAUCGGAGGAAAAAAACAUGGAUUUUUAGCAACUGAAGAUCAAAUUAAGGAUUCAGAUUUGGGAUAUUGGUGUUUCUGUUUUUGAGGAAUAUUUCUUUUUGAGCUUUUUAUUAUUUUUUUAAUCAUCGGUUUUGAAAUACAGAAGAGGAACCAGAAAGACACUUAUUUCGGUUCACAUUCGUAACGCUCGCUGCUGAGGCGCUCUCGCUGGAGGACACGACCAUGCUGCCGCCACAGCUCCUGCUCUUCAUGAUGCUCUUAGCACCCAUAGUUCGUGGUGGCAAGCACAGUGAGCGACAUCCAGCCCUCGCUGCUCCCCUGCGACAUGCUGAGCGCAGCCCAGGAGGCGCUCUACCGCCCAGACAUCUCCUUCAGCAGCCAGCUGCAGAGCGCGCGCCUGCUCAUCGCGGACAAGGGCCCCGUGGAGCUACCCGAGGAGUUCGUGGUCCAGGUGCCCAAGGAGCCCAGAUUGCAGCCCAAGCUUUCAGCCGGGCCCCGAUUCCAAUGGCUGUGGUCCGCAGGGAGCUCUCCUGUGAGAGCUACCCCAUUGAGCUCCGCUGCCCAGGAACAGACGUCAUCAUGAUUGAGAGUGCCAACUAUGGGAGGACUGAUGACAAAAUCUGUGACUCUGACCCUGCUCAGAUGGAGAAUAUACGAUGCUACCUGCCGGAUGCCUAUAAGAUUAUGUCUCAAAGGUGCAAUAACAGAACCCAGUGUGCAGUGGUGGCAGGUCCUGAUGUUUUUCCAGACCCUUGCCCGGGAACAUAUAAAUACCUUGAAGUGCAGUAUGAAUGUGUCCCUUACAAAGUGGAACAAAAAGUUUUUCUUUGUCCUGGACUACUAAAAGGAGUAUACCAGAGUGAACAUUUAUUUGAGUCUGACCACCAGUCUGGGGCAUGGUGCAAGGACCCUCUGCAGGCUUCUGACAAGAUUUAUUAUAUGCCCUGGACCCCCUACAGAACUGAUACCCUCACUGAGUACUCAUCCAAGGAUGACUUCAUUGCCGGAAGGCCCACCACGACCUAUAAGCUCCCUCACAGAGUGGAUGGCACAGGCUUUGUGGUGUACGAUGGGGCUUUGUUCUUCAAUAAGGAGCGCACCAGGAACAUAGUAAAGUUUGAUUUGCGGACUAGGAUAAAGAGUGGAGAGGCUAUCAUAGCAAAUGCCAACUACCAUGAUACCUCCCCUUACCGAUGGGGAGGCAAAUCUGACAUAGACCUGGCAGUGGAUGAGAAUGGGCUAUGGGUAAUCUAUGCAACAGAACAAAACAAUGGUAAAAUUGUCAUUAGCCAGUUGAACCCUUACACCCUACGGAUUGAAGGCACAUGGGAUACUGCUUAUGAUAAGAGGUCAGCUUCCAACGCAUUUAUGAUUUGUGGGAUUCUGUAUGUGGUCAAAUCUGUAUAUGAGGAUGAUGACAAUGAGGCUACAGGAAAUAAGAUUGACUACAUUUACAACACCGACCAAAGUAAGGAUAGCUUGGUGGAUGUGCCCUUUCCCAAUUCAUACCAGUACAUAGCGGCUGUGGAUUACAACCCCAGGGACAACCUUCUUUACGUAUGGAAUAAUUACCACGUCGUGAAAUAUUCUUUGGAUUUUGGACCUCUGGAUAGUAGAUCAGGGCAGUCACACCACGGACAGAUAUCAUACAUCUCUCCACCAAUUCACCUUGACUCUGAGCUAGAAAGACCCCCUGUUAGAGAAAUCUCUACCACAGGACCCCUUGGCAUGGGGAGCACCGCCACCACCACCCUUCGGACCACAGCGUGGGGCCCAGGCAGGAGCACCACCCCGUCUGCUCCGGGAAGAAGAAACCGGAGCACCAGCACCCCUUCUCCAGCUGUCGAGGUACUUGAUGACAUUACCACGCACCUCCCCUCAGCAUCAUCCCAAAUCCCAGCUCUGGAAGAGAGCUGCGAGGCUGUGGAAGCCCGAGAGAUCAUGUGGUUUAAGACGCGUCAAGGACAGAUAGCAAAGCAGCCGUGCCCUGCGGGAACUAUAGGAGUAUCAACUUAUUUGUGCCUGGCUCCUGAUGGAAUCUGGGAUCCCCAAGGACCAGAUCUUAGCAACUGUUCUUCUCCUUGGGUCAACCAUAUAACACAGAAGUUGAAAUCUGGAGAGACAGCUGCCAACAUUGCUAGGGAGCUGGCUGAACAAACAAGAAAUCAUUUGAAUGCUGGAGAUAUCACCUACUCAGUCCGUGCCAUGGAUCAGCUGGUAGGCCUUCUCGAUGUACAGCUCCGCAACCUGACCCCAGGUGGAAAAGACAGUGCUGCACGCAGUUUAAACAAGCUUCAGAAAAGAGAGCGCUCUUGCAGAGCCUAUGUCCAGGCGAUGGUGGAGACAGUUAACAACCUCCUCCAGCCACAAGCGUUGAAUGCGUGGAGAGACCUGACUACAAGUGAUCAACUACGUGCAGCCACCAUGUUGCUCGAUACUGUGGAGGAAAGUGCUUUUGUGCUGGCUGAUAACCUUUUGAAGACUGACAUUGUCAGGGAGAACACAGACAAUAUCCAAUUGGAAGUUGCAAGACUUAGCACAGAAGGAAACUUAGAAGACCUAAAAUUCCCAGAAAACAUGGCUCAUGGAAGCACUAUCCAGCUUUCUGCAAAUACCUUAAAACAAAAUGGCCGGAAUGGAGAGAUCAGAGUGGCUUUUGUCCUGUAUAACAACUUGGGUCCUUACUUGUCCACGGAGAAUGCCAGCAUGAAACUAGGGACAGAGGCUAUGUCCACCAAUCAUUCUGUCAUCGUCAAUUCUCCUGUUAUUACAGCAGCAAUAAAUAAAGAAUUCAGUAAUAAGGUUUAUUUGGCUGAUCCUGUGGUAUUUACUGUUAAACAUAUUAAGCAGUCCGAGGAAAAUUUCAAUCCGAACUGUUCCUUUUGGAGCUAUUCCAAACGCACAAUGACAGGCUAUUGGUCAACACAAGGCUGUCGGCUCCUGACAACAAAUAAGACACAUACUACAUGCUCUUGUAACCACCUAACCAAUUUUGCAGUAUUAAUGGCACAUGUGGAAGUUAAGCACAGUGAUGCGGUCCAUGAUCUUCUUCUGGAUGUGAUCACGUGGGUUGGAAUUCUGCUGUCCCUUGUUUGUCUCCUGAUUUGCAUCUUCACAUUUUGCUUUUUCCGUGGGCUCCAGAGUGACCGUAACACCGUCCACAAGAAUCUCUGUAUCAGCCUCUUUGUAGCAGAACUGCUUUUCCUGAUAGGGAUCAACCGAACUGACCAACCAAUUGCCUGUGCAGUUUUUGCUGCCCUCUUACAUUUCUUCUUCUUGGCUGCAUUCACCUGGAUGUUCCUGGAGGGGGUACAGCUCUAUAUCAUGCUGGUGGAGGUCUUUGAGAGUGAGCAUUCACGCAGGAAGUAUUUCUACCUGGUCGGCUAUGGGAUGCCUGCGCUCAUUGUGGCUGUGUCAGCUGCAGUAGACUACAGGAGUUAUGGAACAGAUAAAGUAUGUUGGCUCCGACUUGACACUUACUUCAUUUGGAGUUUUAUAGGACCAGCGACCUUGAUAAUUAUGCUUAAUGUAAUCUUCCUUGGGAUUGCUUUGUAUAAAAUGUUUCAUCAUACUGCCAUUCUGAAACCUGAAUCGGGCUGUCUUGAUAAUAUCAACUAUGAGGAUAACAGACCCUUCAUCAAGUCAUGGGUUAUAGGUGCAAUAGCUCUUCUCUGCCUAUUAGGAUUGACCUGGGCCUUUGGACUAAUGUAUAUUAAUGAAAGCACAGUCAUCAUGGCGUAUCUCUUCACCAUUUUCAAUUCUCUACAGGGAAUGUUUAUAUUCAUUUUCCAUUGUGUCCUACAAAAGAAGGUACGAAAAGAGUAUGGGAAAUGCCUGCGGACACAUUGUUGCAGUGGCAAAAGCACAGAGAGUUCCAUUGGCUCAGGGAAAACAUCUGGUUCUCGGACUCCUGGACGCUACUCCACAGGCUCACAGAGCCGAAUUCGUAGAAUGUGGAAUGACACAGUCCGAAAGCAGUCAGAAUCUUCCUUCAUUACUGGAGAUAUAAACAGUUCAGCGUCACUCAACAGAGAGGGGCUUCUGAACAAUGCCAGGGAUACAAGUGUCAUGGAUACUCUACCACUGAAUGGUAACCAUGGCAACAGUUACAGCAUUGCCAGCGGCCAGUACCUGAGCAACUGUGUGCAAAUCAUAGACCGCGGCUACACCCAGAACGAGACCGCCCUAGAGAAAAAGAUUCUGAAGGAACUCACUUCCAACUAUAUCCCGUCCUACCUGAACAACCAAGAGCGCUCCAGCGAGCAGAACAGGAAUCUGAUGAACAAGCUGGUGAAUAACCUUGGCAGCGGGAGUGAGGAGGACGCCAUUGUCCUGGACGAUGCCAGCUCCUUUAACCAUGAGGAAAGCCUGGGCCUGGAACUCAUCCACGAGGAAUCCGAUGCUCCUUUGCUGCCACCGAGAGUGUACUCUGCGGAGAACCACCAGCCUCACCAUUACUCCAGAAGGCGGAUCCCCCAGGACCACAGCGAGAGCUUUUUCCCUCUGCUCACCAACGAGCACACGGAAGAGCUGCAGUCGCCGCGCAGGGACUCCCUGUACACCAGCAUGCCGGCCCUGGCCGGCGUGCCCGCCGCGGAGAGCGCCACCACCAGCACCCAGACCGACCCCGCCCCGGCCAAGGGCGGCGAUGCCGACGACGUCUACUACAAAAGCAUGCCCAACCUAGGCUCCAGAAGCCACGUCCAUCAGCUCCACACCUACUACCAGCUGGGGCGCGGCAGCAGCGACGGGAUCAUAGUCCCCCCGCACAGGGACGGGAGCCCCCCGGACGGAGGCCCGCAGGGACCCGCGCAUCUGAUCACCAGCCUCUAGGCGGUGAUAGGGCCCCGGGCCGGCGGUGCGAGCGCCGCGGGACUGCACCGCGGGUGUGAGCGGUGGUACUCGUGUGUGCUCCCAAACCUUUACGCUGUCCUUGAAAGGCAAAUGCGAACUCUCAGACUUUUUUUUUUUAACUGAGAUUUUUAGGUCAGUCCAGGGGAGAAAGAUACCUGCUGACGUUCCCUUGUGCCCCAUCCUUCCCGUCCUUCCCCGUCAGAUGGAGACUUCAUUAUGUUAAUGAACGAGAUAAGAAGAAAAUGGCGGUCAUUGUGGCCUUGUUUGAAUUAUGUUGUGUUUGUUCUAACAUCUCUGAUGCUCUGUUACUAUAAUUACAAGGACCUGAUUUUUAAAAGGCCAGAACAGUUGUUUGAAAUGA